AUGAUCGUAUGUGGUGGAAGUAGUAGAGGUAGAAGUAACAAGAUUGAAAGAGAUCUGUCUUUAACUAAAUUGAUUAUGGAAGAAAAUAUCAGUAUCAUUUUAGAUUUAUUUCCAUCACUUUCAGUUGAAAGUGUAAAGUCAGCUUUACAAACACACAAUGAUAAUGUUGAAGAUACAAUCAAUCAUUUAUUGACAAACAAUGGCAGUGUUGAUAGUUGUGCAUCAGAGAAUAACAACGGUACUGGUGGUGCUGGUGAAACUGAGGAGCAAAUCAAUGAGAGAUUGCUAAUGGCGAUGCUCAAAGCAGAGCAAGAAGAACAGGAAAAGGUCAAUCGAUCAAAGAAACACUACUGCAGUAUUUGUCUGGAUGAUUUGGAGAUUGACAAGUUCUAUAUUGUCGAUGAGUGCGAACAUCGUUUCUGUACGGAGUGUAUCAUCGCGCAUGCCAAACAACAGUUGUACAUGGGCUACCCAGACAUCAAGUGUCCACACACCACUUGUAAGCGAAUCAUUUCCUACGAGGAGGUAAAGCACUUCCUCGAUGCACAGACAUUCGCAAGCUACGACCAGCAGCUGUUGUUACAACAUCUCAAGAAGGACGACAAUUGCAAACAGUGUCCAAGCUGCCAUGUCGCAAUGGUUGUGAGCACCGUCAAGAUCGACGAGCACAUGGAAUUCAACAACGAGAAUCUGGUUGGUUGUCCAAAUUGCAACUACGCAUUCUGUAUCAAGUGUCGUGACCACUCUCACUACGACUUUAGCUGUGAGCAAUGGGAGGACGUCAAGGACUAUGUCCUCUCGAGAACGGAGCAACAAAACCAAUUCCAAAUCAACGAAGUCGAGAACUAUGUGUCAUUCCAAAAUCACAGACAACACAACCGAUUCUGGAAUGGUGGAAGAAAGUGGAGAUCAGAGCACCACAACACCGACAUGAUCAAAGGUAGAAGAAAGAAGCUUACAGCAAUGCAAGGAUACAAUGUAAAGUGGCAAGUCGCUUAUAAGCGUGACAAGCUCAUCAAACAAUGGAUCCAAAACAACACAAAGACUUGUCCACACUGCUUUGUAAUCAUUCAAAAAGAUGGUGGAUGCAACGAUAUGACAUGCGUCUGUGGAAAUCAUUUCUGCUAUAGUUGCGAACAAACUAAAGACUUCCAUUUCAAGAAUAAGAUGAGAUAUCCAUGCCCCGGAGGAUUCUAUUAA